GUUCUUUAGCCUCUCUCUUUCAGCAAUUCAGCUGACUGACUCUCUUUGACUCGCAGCUUUCCCCUUUGCCCCACGAAACGUAGUUAGGAUCCUUCCUACGUUCCAUUGAUCUCUGAUCUUCACCACCAUGGGCAACACUUCCUCUAUGCUCACGCAAUACGACAUCGAGGAGGUCCAGCAACACUGUAACUACACUUUUACACAGCAGGAGAUCGUUUCCCUGUACGAGAGAUUCUGUCAGCUAGAUCGUAAUAGCUCCGGUUUUAUUACAGCUGAUGAAUUUUUGUCCCUACCCGAAUUCGCCGUCAAUCCUCUCUCUCAGAGAUUGUUGAGGCUGUUGGAUGGUUUGAACUUCAAAGAAUUUGUAGCGUUCUUAUCUGCGUUUAGUCCUCGUGCGAGUUUACAGCAUAAAAUUGAAUUUAUUUUCAAGGUAUAUGACACAGACUGCAAUGGAAAAGUGAGCUUCAAUGACAUGUUGGACGUUCUACGAGAUUUGACAGGACAGUUUAUAUCUGAACACCAGAGAGAGCAAGUUCUAGCACAAGUCCUCGAGGAAGCAGGCUAUAAAAAGGAUUCAUUGUUGGUCUUGGCUGACUUCAUGAAGAUUCUUGGCAACUCAGGUUUGAAAAUGGAAGUUGAGGUUCCUAUUGAUUAACCGUGGCAAUUGAACGUGGAUUUUUGAUGAGGGCAUUUCUUGGUCCUGGUAUUUAGUUGUUCAUCUCAGUGACAGAUACAUUUUAAUAUGCAACAAAAUAUGGAUAAUGUGGAUGCGUCGAGACUUAGCAUUACUUGUACGUCUUGUUAAUAUUACAAGCUGAUAUAUGAGCUGUUUUGCAGUUGUCAUGACAAAUUUUGACUUUUUACUAUGAGCGUUAUUUUAUGCAACGGACUUGGGUGCUUGAAAAAGGUUUUGAUCAUUUCUUUUU